GUGAGUGUGAUUUUAUUUCGCCUGUUUCGAUUAGUUGACAGAAUGUCUCCACAUUGUCAGAUUAGAGAUUAUAAACGUUUUAAUAAUCGCUCUGUUUGUUGUGAUAUUCCCUAAGGCAAUUUAAUAUUGUAUCGAGACACCUUAAAAAAAAAAAAGAUGCUACCUUGGUCCAAAUGCAAUUGCUCAGCGGUAAAUUACUAUUUCAAGUCUUUCCCCAAUUCUGAUUGUAAACCUCACUGGUACAAAAUUGCAAGUAAACUGAACUUACCGUUUCAUUUUUCCAUAAAUUUAAAGGAAACAACACAAUGUGUUCCGUGAUUAUACCAUCGGUCGCUCGUCCCCUGUGUGGUACGUGAGCAAUGCCGCCAUGAGAGCAGCAACAAAUGACCGCCUUCUACAGCUCUCUCAGCCCAAGAAGUUUCACUCGGAAUAUGAGCCUUGUCGGCCAGUUCAGACGUCUGUGUCUCGGGCGGCACAGAAGGCCGUCGCUUCACCUCGAGUUGAGACUCUUUGUACGCCGAAAACGAGGCUAAACAUUGAGGGACGUGAGUGGACAAUCAAGAAAGGUGCGCUUUCGUCACGGGCCUCACAGAGAGUGCAGGAACUGUCCCACGCGAAGGGUGUUCCUUUAGGGUUCACGCCGGACAAGAUCCAAGUAUGGGAAGUCUCGAAAGCCGCAUUGAAAGCCAAGCCAUCUAAGAGAAUUGACGAUCUGGCUUCACCGAUUAAAAGAGAAAUAGCCACGAACUUACCGAACCCUGAUGCAUUUGAGGUCAAGAAAGCCGCUCAAAAGGCGAAGUGUUCAGAUCGAGUUGCUGAAUUAGCACAGCCGAUCAUGAGAGGAUAGCAAAAAUGUCAACUUAAACAACACUUGGAGAAACCUCUUCCUUUUCAGAAUGUAUUUAUUUACUAAUUUAUUUAUUUUAUUUUAUUUAUCUCAGUAUUUAUUUUUCAACACUCUUCUCGCGUUGUUUUUCUGAACAUGACAAGCCUCCCUCUAAAUGAUUUUAUCCCGUUACUUUGAAUAAAUAAU